AUGUGGAAACGUCGCGAUCUCAAGAAAACCUCCAGCUACCGGUCGGCCUCGACGAAAAAAAAUUCCGAGUUGGUCGCCUCAUCUUGGAACGACCGGGAACCACCUGCUCCUCCCUUGCCCUUGUCCGUCUCCCUCUGUGGUCUCGUGGCAAAUGCUGAAGCUCUUCACGGUCGCCUCGACUUUGCCACUUUUGUCGACAUCGCCAAUUCACCUCAGCUACCAUCCUCUGGUCGCGACAAGAAAACCCAAUGGAAGCACCUGGAACGAUCCACAGCUUUCACGCUGCUCAAUCGAAAAGACCAAGUCCUGGCUCUUGCUCAAGUCGAUGCAAGUGUCGAGGAGAUCACUCGAAUCUUGGGGGCAACAACCGAUCACUCCCAUGCUGCAAGCAUGACGGGACUUUACGGAGACAACUUCAUUGCUGGCUCCGUAGCUUACGUCCAACGACCUCGAGCUUUCCAAGAAGACCAAGAGUAUCACCACUUGGCAGUCAAGACCACGAACUUUGUGCACUCGAGGAUGCUCGGCAAGAACGAGCAGUGGUGCUUUGCUGAGAUCAUGCGUCGCAACGCGGAUGGCAAUAGCUUCACGUUAACCCAAGGUUCACUCUCGACGCAGCAAGCAUAUUCCAUGCCUGCACGCUCGGCUCUAAAAGGCACUUCUCAACGUGUCGCUCAAUUGCGAAACGUCAGUGCAGCUUACUUGGUCGAACGACAACCAGGGAGCCACAGUCUUCGGGUCGUGUAUCACGCCGCGUUCAAAGUGGAACCGACAAAGCUAGAAGACGCUUUUCACGAUGUGAACGAAACCGCAGUCGUCAGCCACAAAGCCGUGCAAGUCCGGUUGCUGCGCCUUGCUCAAGGGAUCUCGCACCUCCCGCAACUUGUCCGUCGUCGUCGGUUCGGGACCCAAAUCUAUGCAGAUCGCUCAUCGUUUGAUGUGCGUAAUCCACGCUGCACGUGCUGCACGCAGAAGUUGAUGUCCUUCUUUGUCCCGCGGACACAAUGUUACUUGUGUGGCUACUACGUCUGCGUCACCUGUGCUUCUUCCGAAGAGAUGGAGAUCCACAAUGGGCAACUCACGACGAUCACCAUUUGCUCUCGAUGUCGAAUGAGUGUUGAAGGGUGUGACUAUGGAAACAUGAUGUCGGUCCAUCCAGGUCCUGAGUGUGUCAUCCCGGAUCAUCCAUCGAAUCUACCAUCACCAACCGAGUAUCUCUCGUCGCCAACUUCUUCCGUCUGCACGGCUGAGCUCUCACCAAGCUCCUCAGUGAGUUCGGACUCCUCUUCAAGUCAACUGCUAGCAGACUUGCUGGAACAAGUGUCCGAUAAUGAAGCCAAGACUGGACGUCGUCGUGCAGCACUGACAGUCCUUGCCCAACUCAUGCUUGCUGAUCAAGACAAGACGCAGAUGCAAGUGGAAAAAAAUGCUCAACUUCUGCGUGAAGCCAACUCUUCCCCUCAAUACUUGGACCUUGCCAAGGUUGCAUUAAACGUCUCCAGGCGUCCACAGGAUCUAGCAGCCUGUGAGUUCGCGAGUGCUGCUGCCCGCCCGUACCCUAUGAUACCAGCCUUGGUGGAAAAGAAUCCCGCACCAAGCACUAAAGUCGAGGCCCCCGUGUACCCCAUUCCGUUAAAUGAAGAGGACCGACUAAGUGCCAUUGAGCGCUUGCAGCUCUACAACUUCAUCGAUGUCCCGGAGCUCAACAUGAUCUGCCACCUCGCUGCUGCCGAGAUGAACUGUCCACACAGCGUCGUCACGCUCGUGGAGCGUGAGACAGUGAGAUUGAUUGCAACGAAUGCACCCGAGGUUUGGGACCUGAGAAGCAGCAACCCGCGGGAACAGACGUUUUGCCAGCACUUUGUCAUGCAAGACAAGCCGUUACUUGUCCGGCAUGCGGAAGCUGACGUACGCUUCUACCACAUUGCGCCAGUCAAACUCUUGAGUCUUCGAUUCUACGCUGGGUUUCCAGUCUCCGUUACGAUGAAAGGGAGUCGUGAAAAGGUCGUGGUUGGCGCCAUGUGCUGUAUGGACGGAAAACCGCAUCAGAUGACGAGAUCGCAGUACUGGCGAUUGAUGAAACUCGCCGAAGCUGCGUCGGAGAUCCUCGAGAAACUUGCCAACGAGCACAUUGCUGCGUAA